AUGCUAGAUGAUGGUGUUGAGUAUCUUGUGAAGAAACAUCCUGAAAUUCUCAGGUUUCAACUUGUAAAGGAAACUACCUGUCUAACAAUUAAACUUACAUCAACUGGAUUAAAUGAAAUAUUCUCCCUUCCAACCUUGUCUACCUUGAUUAUAAGAGGAAGCAUUGAAUUUAUUUAUAGAAUAAAUGUCAACAUAGUUUCAAAACAACUCCAAACUCUACAGCUGACUUGUGAUGAGGGUCUGAAUAAUGACUUGUUUCUACAAAUAUUGGAACAGUGUGGGAGUACUCUUAAAUCUUUGACCUUGAAGAAUUCGAAUAUUACUGGUGAAAUAUUGAUUAAAUACAAGGGAACCCUGCCUUGUUUAGAGAAUCUAGAAUUGAUUGCCUGUCGACGACUUACAGAUAAAGGACUGCUGCAGAUACUUCAGCUUUGUGGAAGUACACUUACAUCCCUGGAUAUAGGGUAUACAAAAAUAACAGGAGAAAGUCUGUCUCAAUACAAGGGAACCCUGCCUUGUUUAGAGAACCUGAACAUGAGAAACUGUAGACAACUCACAAAUGGAGGACUGCUGCAUAUACUUCAGCUUUGUGGAAGUACACUGAGAUCCCUAAAUAUAUCAGGAACAAAUAUAACUGGAGAGAAUCUGUCUGAAUACAAGGGAACCCUGCCUUGUUUAGAGACCCUGAACAUGAUGUACUGUGAACAACUCACAGAUAAUGGACUGCUGCAGAUACUACAGCUUUGUGGAAGUACACUUAGAACCCUGGAUAUAUCAGGAACAAAUAUAACUGGAGAAAAUCUCUCUGAAUACAAGGGAACCCUGCCUUGUUUAGAGAACCUGAACAUUCGUAACUGCAGUGACCUCACAGAUGAAGAUUAUGCUUAUUAUACAGAUGAUUAUACAGAUUAUGAGUAA